CAAAACUCCUACUGACUGUUCCAGAGUAAUCUAGGACACUGCAAGAUUAUCAGAUGACUUCAGACACCUUGUUAAUGCUCUAUAAACUAAUGCUAGUAAGAUCAGAAUAUGAAAAAAGCAAUCAUGGAACAUAGAAGAGCUGACUCCAGCAGAAAGUAAACCAAAACCAUGGUGUUUCUCCAACUGUCACCACUACAUGUAACCUUCAGUUCCAGCAAAAUGAUGCUCCAAAACCUGGGCCAGGUGUCUGCUUCAGAAGUCAGUGCUUCUGCAAUUAUUCCAUGCUUGUCUCCUCCAGUUUCCCUGGGCUUUGAAGAUUUCACAAAUCUGACCCCAUUGGUGAAAGAGGAAUUAAAAUUUGCCAUCCAGAAUAGGUGCCUUUCUCAGAGGAUGCCCUCUACCUUGGAUACGGUCAUGGUUUCUGAUAGAUCUGAUGAAACAUCUAUUUUAAAAAGAGAGUGCGCACCCCAAGAAGAUGAAAGGAAAAAACGUCGGAGAGAAAGAAAUAAGAUUGCAGCAGCAAAAUGUCGAAACAAAAAGAAGGAAAAAACGGAAUGCCUGCAGAAAGAAUCAGAAAAACUGGAAACAAUCAAUGCAGAACUGAAAGCUCAGAUUGAAGAGUUGAAAAAUGAGAAGCAGCACUUGAUCUACAUGCUCAACCUACAUAGGCCCACCUGUAUUGUCCGUGCCCAGAAUGGUAGGACCCCAGAGGACGAAAGGAACCUUUUCAUUCAGCAGAUCAAAGAGGGAACCCUGCAAGGCUAAACAAUAAUGAGACAGUGCUCAACGUUCUUUAGCCAUUAAAACAUCAGAAGCCACGGAGAAGAAAUUUCAGCAUUUGUGGCCUCCAUUGACUCAAGAGAAGAUGGAUCUGACAUGAUUCUGCUGAGAAGAAAGGACUAUGGUAACUUAGCUUCAGCUUUCCCUAGCAAAGACUCCGUUGGGUGGAAGAGAGCCACAGCCUUUGCUCCAGGUCUAACCAGCUGCCAUACUUGCUAUCCUAGAAGCAAUAUGACUCUAGACUUGUUAAACUCCUGCUGGCAUGCACUUGCAAUGUUUCUGGUAGGGCCGAAGGGUUCUCUAUGAUGCACAUCUGAUGAACUGCCAAGCUGAAAAGAUUCCACUCGCUAGAUAGGGAAUGUAGGUGAACUGGGUUGUGUUUUGUUUGUUUUGUUUUAUACUUUCAAAGAAAAGAGGUUAGCAACUUCCAGAACGCUGUUUUCAGUUCCAAAAGGCAUUGCAAUAUAAUGGGAAUUGCUGUUUCUACAACUAAUACAAGAUUUAACUUGGGCACUGCACUUUGUUAAAAAAUGUUUUCAUAAAAGCCCUUCUGUGGA